AUGCAACGUAUUUGCCACCUCCAUCAAUUUCAAACCCUGGCCACCGCCCGCCAGUCGGCUUUGUCGGAGCGGUUCCAGCAGAUGCUUGAAGACAAACUAGACCAACCUCAACAGAAAUCAAUUAUUGAUGAAAACCCGAAAUUAAAGGAACUUUAUGACAAAUAUUCUUCUGAAAGUCAAAAAGAUUCGGAGUUCAAACGCCAACACCUGGCUCAAAUGGCACUAUUAGAGCGUGAAAAUCUUUUAAAUGGAAACAGACAUGCAAAAUAUAUUGCUGAUACCGUCACAAAACCCGCUUGGAAUGGUUCCGAAUCUCCCCUUGAUGCUCAUAAUCGUAUGAUUCUAGAUCUGAUGCCGCCUCCAAAACCAGUCAAUAAUCACAAUAGGAUCAUGUCACCCCCUAAGGACCCCAAGACUCGAAUGGUUAAUGCCAGAGAAGGUAGUUUAGACUACAAAACCGGGGCUCGUUCUGAGGAAGACAAUUUUCGUGAGUUGUACAAAGAAAGACUUUUAGGUCCUUCAAUGCUUAUAAACUCCAAUUCGCCCACAGCCACUAUGGGGCUAGCUCAAACUAUGGCAGACGUAAGGAUUCACUCGACAAUCAACAGAAAAACUGGCAAAUUCGACUCGCCUCUGAUGGACUCAGUUCGCGGUAAACCGUUGGAUCCCAAACAUUUGGCAAAUGCCACCGAUACAAAUUACUUUGUGAACCAGAUUCUUAGCAAUCAGGACGUGUUGCCUCCGUGGAUCGAGUCGCAACAGACUCUCGAGCGGGAGAUCAAACUGUUUCGUGAAGACUUGGAUAAUCUAUGGACAAAAAAUAUGCUCUCUCAGUUGAACCCAGGUUCAAACUCCAAGCUAGACGUUCUUGCCAGAGCACGUCCAUUGUCGAAAUCUGCUUACGAUAACCUGUUUGCUUCGAAGCAAAUGCCAUAUGUCAACGAGAAAAUCAAGCACAUAAACUCCUUCAUCAGGAACUACAAUUUGAUGUGUCCAUCGCCCCAUUUGCACAAAUUCAAGCUUGUUUUCGACCUGGAGAUCAGAAACCUGUUCAAGCGUUCCAUGGAGAAUCUAGAACAGUCUGUUGAGGCAUGGUACGAGCGUGAAGCCAGAGCUCGAGAAGUUCGUGCAAGGAUGAACAGCUCACGAUCCAUGUUUCUGUUGUUUGACACUGCAGGCAAGUCGUCUGGACCAUCUAGUUCAGGGAGCUCACCCAGCUCAUCCACACAAUCCCAACCGUUGCAUUUCUGGAAAUCUAUAAAGGAGAUGAUGCGGUCAUGA